AUGAGCAGAAAAGAGGAGAAUAUCAUGCAAGAAUAUUGGACGAAGAGAAAAUUGAAUAUAGGGAGACAAAAUAGCUAUGGGAGUUUAGGCAGUACCACCGACACCAGCAGCCUUCUACGAACCAUCUGGUCUGGUUACCUUCCAACCCACAUCCAGCCGAUCCUCGCAGCAAUGGAAGACAAGGACCUGGAUGACGUUGCAGAAGUUUCCGACAGCAUCAUUGACUCGGUCCACAGACAUACCAUAGCCAGUGCAACCCCCAAUAAUGGUCUCACAAUACAAAACCUGGUAGAGAUGGUCAACUUCCUCACAAUGGACCUCAACGGUCAGUGUUAUUAUUACCGGAGAUUUAAAGGCAGAUAUCAAAAAACGAAUGUAACACGUAUAUGCAUUUUGCAGGGUCUCAGGUAUGCAGUUAUAAUUGGAAGUAUUGGAACCACAUUAGGAUCAUGGAUAAAAGUAGCCGCUGUAGCUCCAGACAGAUUUUGGGUGGCGUUCUUGGGUCAAGCGAUUGUGGCCUUGUCUCAAAUUUUUAUUUUAUCAAUACCAGCUCGACUUGCAGCUGUGUGGUUCGGUCCAAGUCAAGUCUCAUCAGCAUGCAGUAUUGGAGUUUUUGGAAAUCAAAUGGGAAUCGCAAUUGGUUUUCUUAUUCCUCCAAUGAUUGUUAAUUCUGCAGAUCAAGCAUCUAGAACACACGAACUUUACAUUCUGUUUGGAUCUACGGCUGUGAUAGUCACUUUUGUGUUGAUGCUGAUCCUUAUAUUUUUCAAAGAAGAACCACCAACUCCACCCUCCUUAGCUCAAGUACAAGCAAAACGUGAAGACUCUGUUGAUUUCGUACAAUCAUUGAAGCGAUUAUUAUCAAAUCUUCAUUACGUAUUAUUGCUCAUAUCAUAUGGUAUUAACGUAGGAGUAUUUUAUGCAAUAUCAACCCUUCUUAAUCAGAUUGUCCUGAAAUAUUACCCGAACGGGUCUGCAGAUGCUGGUAGAAUAGGCUUGGUGAUUGUAUUAGCAGGAAUGGUAGGGUCUGUGAUAUGUGGCUACUUUUUGGACAAAUAUCAUAAAUUUAAGGAAACAAACAUGGCUGUAUAUGUAUUUUCACUCAUUGGAAUGGUUGUGUUUACUUUUACAUUAAACAGCGGCAUAGGGGUUGUUUACUUUACAUCAGGAUUACUGGGAUUCUUUAUGACUGGUCUCAUGCCAAUCGGUUUCGAAUUGGCAGCAGAACUGACAUUCCCAGAACCGGAAGGUACUUCCGCUGGAUUACUUAACGCAGCGUCACAAGUCUUUGGAAUAGCAUUUACGAAUAUUUAUUCCGUUAUAUUCGAAAAUGUAGGAACGACAUGGUCGAAUAUUGUAAUGAGCAUCUUUUUGCUUUUAGGGGCUAUUUUACUUUUCAUUGUUAAACCGAUGUAUAGGCGGCAGAAUGCCCAGUUCGAUGCUGAAGUGAUCAAAAAGUAAUUUUGUGCAAAGUCCCAUUUUACGCAAAUUAUAAUACAGUUUGACCAAGGUGAUAAUUAACCUAUAUACUUUUUUAAUAAGAAAAAAUAGAAACAGUUUUGGUCGUUACAAAUUUUGCAAAGGGAAUGAAUGAAAUAUUAUCCGUGGACAUGCAUUUUAGACUGAUUAAAUAAGCCAAAUUAUUCUUUUAAACAUUGAGUCAGUUUUAAAUUUUUGAUCGGACGAGAAGGGUUGAUCCUUCGGCAAAUCAUUGUGAUACAUAUCUAAUAAGAAGGAUAUUGAAAAUAGAUGUGUUGAGAAAUAUCAAUUAUUUAAACCCUAGACUGUUAUAUUUUUAGAAUUAAUAUUUUUCCGAAUGCUUUUAAAAAGUAAACCAAUCUAUCAUUAGAUUUAUAGCCAAAUUCUAAGACUUAUUUUUUUAAUAGAUAAGUAUCUACUUUGCUACAUACAACAAAUCAACUAUUUACAGUUUUUAAAUGAAAUUAAUUGGAUUGCAACCUUUUGAUAACCUUGACCCUGAAAUAUGUCAUUUUUCAAUAUCGAUACCUAUGAGUACAUAUGCACCUACAUUUUAGACGCAAAAGCCUCCUUCAGAUUUUCCUUAAAUUGAAAUCUACGUAAUUGAACCUAGUCUUAAAAUUAAAACGAUUUCGUAAUGUUAGAUUUGGUUAGGUUGGGGUAGAUUUCGAUCAGAUUAGGUAACGGGUAAUUUUCUGAGUUGUUCUAAAUCUCAUAGAAUAUCCCCAAAAUGGCAUUUUUUAAGUUCAAGGACAUGGGAAGGAUGUAAGCCAAUGUAAAUAAUUUCUAAGCAAGCAGAGUUAGAGUUUGCGUUUUGUCCUAAUGAUGAGUGAGAAGUGUACUUUUGCAUGAAAAAACAGAAAAAUUUAAUGUGUCAGAAUUUUGAAAACCUAUUUUUGCAGAAGAUUUUAGGAAGACCCUGUAUAUUGCCGUAUCUAAUAAGUAAAGCAUGUAUUGGAAGCUAUAAUUUUGCUAUUACUGUCUAAUUAACGUAAUGUCUUGUGAUAUAUUAGGCCUAAGAGAGAGAUAGUGGUUUUUCAUAUUUACUGUAAAUAUUUAUUUAAGAAAUUGCGCUCUUUGAAACGGUCCAAAUGGAAUAAUUUAUUUUAUUUUCAUAUUCGGGGAAAUGUUAGCGAGCACUAAACUGGGUGAAAUUUAGUACACAAUAAAACGAACAAAAACGAAAUUCCAGACAUAUCUUCCAUACUUUACUUAUUGAUAUUAAUAUCUAACGUAUAAAACUAUUAGAACAGUUUUAUUAUAGUUAUGUUCACCUCUGAGACGAACGCACCUAUCUAUUGUAUUAUAAAAUAGUUAGUGCAGAAAAAAACAAUUGUACCUGUAUUUAAAUAUAUCUAGAAAACGUAGUACAUGUAGGUCUAGAAAUAGUGAUAGAUUAGGUAUAGAUAGUAUAAAUAAAUGGAUGACUGAAGGCAAAAAGAUAGUUCAGUGGUUUCUAAUCAUGUUUUAUAUUAAAUGAUAACAAAUCCAUCAAACCAAUUCUCUCUUUUAUGUGUAAUUAUAUUUAUAUUUUGUGCUAACUUAGUAUGCCAACCACUUUAGGCAAACUAUCGUAGAAACUAGUGAUGAGCAAAAUUGGUUUUAGUCUUGUAGUCUUGGUCUUACGAAAAUGCAUACUAUUCUUUUAUAUUAAUCAUUAAUUAUUAUCAAUUAGUCAAUUAUUGGAGGAAGGGCCAAUUUAUUCAUUGGGGGAAGGGUAUGUUCUCGAGUUUGUAUGAUAGAAAAUUUCAGCAAUUAAGACAAGUCUAGAAAUAUUGGAGUAAGACCAAGGCCAAGAAUAAAUAAGUAAGGCCAAGACCAAUACUAAGACCGGGACAGUCUUGAUCUAAGCAUUUUGGAAAAGAAAAAUGUUCUCGUUUCUCUCAGCCAAUUUCAUCUUAAAGAAAAUACAUUUGAGAACAAGGUAGAGAAUUCGUCAGCACAUCUUCAUAAUAAUUAUUAUUUAUGUUAUUAUAAACUAAUUAGACAAGGGCAGUUGGUGAAACAGGAAAGUUGAUCAAACGAGAGUUGACGAAUGGAAACUAACAUUUCGAUCGUUUGGGUAUCAUUUGGCGUGAGUUAUCAUUAGAAAUCAAUGAACUAUUGAUCUCUGAAAUCGCCCAUUUAUUAUUCUAUCUAUCACCCUCUGUAGGUAUGUUUAAUGUGUGUGAUUAAUGCUGUCUCGAUUUGAUAAAUAGUUCAUCUCCGUUUACAUCAUGUAGACAUUGUCCUGCCAGUAUUAGUGGUAAGCUUUACAUUAGCAAUAGCUUUAACAUAUCUUUUAAAACUACUUAUUGCAUAUCAGCCUAAUUAGAAUAGCGACUGUCGAUGCGCUAGUCGGUACAAUAAAAUACUAUUUCCUUAUGUGAUAGGUGGUUAUCUGUAGUAAGUACCAACAAUAAGUAGAAAAAAAUGUGAGUACAAUUUUAAAAUUUUAAUAUCGUAAAUUAUGGAAAAUUCUAUUGAGACUACAUUUUUUAAUUAUAUUGAACAAUUUUGUAUUGUCAAGUUUUGUUAACACUGCUUCAAAUUUAAUGUAGGUACAUAAAUAAAUUCACUAAAGGGUGUUACUAAAAAAUAUAAGUAUUUAGUAGAGGAAAUAAGAACUUUUCUCUGAGCUUUUCAAUCUUUGGUUACAACCCUAA